GAAGAAGUGGGUUUUGAUAUUCUAGGAUUGCUCUAGAACUGAUGAUCCGUUUGGAUUUUCGUGUUGAGCUCUUUUCAGUUUCGGGAGCUUUUUGGGGUUUUUGAGAACUGGGAGAAAUAUUUCAGAGUUGAUCUGCAAAAAUGUUUGGAAAGCUCCAGCAUUUAGAUGUUAGUCAUUUUCACGUUCUAUGUUCCACAAAGAAUUCGGAGAAUGUUGGUGUGUCCGUAUUGCCAUUAGACGGAGUUGAAUCUGUUAAGAAAAAGAGAGAUGAGAAACUGUUUGAAAAUUUGGUUGUCACGAGCAAGAGAAAUGGCGGGAUUUACAGAAAGACCCAUAACAGAAGAACUGAAGAUAUACGCAAACCUGUUGCAGAAAAUCCAAGUUCAGUUAAAAAACCAGAUGAAGGGAAGAGAAGGAAAAUUGAGGAUUUUGAGAGACCUGAAAAUAGGAGAAGUGGUGCAGAUAAAAUCAGUCCAGAUCAUGGGAAUUCUUCCCAUGCGAAGAUGUGGACCAAGUGUUCGGUAAAAUGGGCCAGUUAUGGAGGACGCAUUCCAUUGAUCUUGCAAACUCUAGAAACUGUUAAAGAUUUGGAUGAGGCAUUGAGGCCAUGGGUGGAGAGCCUCAAUAACAAGGAGAGGAGCAUUAUUCUCAAGGUGCAGUCCAGUUGGGAAAGAGCUCUUGAGAUCUUUGAGUGGUUCAAGAGAAAAGGUUGCUAUGAAUUGAAUGUGAUUCACUAUAACAUCAUGUUUUGGAUUCUGGGGAAAGCACGGAGAUGGAACCAAAUUGAGAGCCUCUGGGAUGAAAUGGAGACCAGAAAAGUAAUACCCACAAACUCUACCUAUGGAACAUUGAUUGAUGUUUACAGCAAAGGUGGUCUCAAGGAAGAAGCACUUCUUUGGCUGGAAAUGAUGAACAAGCAAGGGAUGGAACCUGAUGAGGUAACCAUGGGGAUUGUGGUCCAAACCUACAAGAAGGCAGGAGAGUUUGAAAAGGCUGAGCAGUUCUUUAAGAAGUGGUCAUCUGGUAAAGGAACGAAUGAUGGAGGAAGAACUGCCAUGGCUAGUGCUAUAAACAGUUCUGCAAAUCAACCUAUUACCUCUUUCAGCUCAUACACAUAUAACAACCUGAUUGACAAUUACGGGAAGGCUGGCCAACUUAAGGAAGCAUCUGAUACAUUCACUCGGAUGCUAAGGGAAGGGAUUGUCCCAAACACGGUGACUUUCAAUACAAUGAUUCACAUCUAUGGGAACCAUGGCCUGUUAGAAGAAGUGACUUCCUUGAUGCGUAAGAUGGAAGAAUUCCAAUGCCCUCCGGAUACAAGAACAUAUAACAUUCUUAUUUCUCUCCAUGCAAAGCAUGAUAACAUUUCCAUUGCAGCAAGUUACUUUGCAAAGAUGAAGGAGGCUUUCCUUGAGCCAGACCCUGUGAGCUACCGUACCCUCUUGUAUACAUUUUCUCUAAGACAUAUGGUUUGGGAAGCUGAAACCCUUGUCUGUGAGAUGGAUAAGCGAGGUCUCCAGAUUGAUGAGUUCACCCAGUCGGCUCUUAUUAGAAUGUACAUUGAUACUGGUAUGCUCAAGCAGUCAUGGUCUUGGUUUGAGAGGUUUCAUCUGAGGGGGAAGAUGACUUCUGAGUGCUAUUCUGCCAACAUUGAUGCAUAUGGAGAGCGGGGCCACACUUUGGAAGCUGAGAAAGUUUUCAUUUGUUACCAAGAAAGGAACAAGUUAAGUGUCCUUGAGUUCAAUGUGAUGAUCAAAGCAUAUGGAAUAGCAGGAAAAUAUGAUCGGGCAUGUCAACUGUUCGACAGUAUGGAGAAUCACAGGGUUUUCCCCGACAUAUGCAGUUAUAGUUCUCUUAUACAAAUUUUAUCCAGUGCUGACCUACCUCAAAAAGCAAUACUCUAUGUCAGGAAGAUGCAGGAAGCAGGAUUGGUAACUGACUGCAUCCCUUACUGUGCGGUGAUCUCAAGCUUUGCAAAGCUAGGCCUGUUGGAAAUGGCAGAAGGACUAUUCAAAGAGAUGAUUGCAUUUGGGGUAAAACCCGAUGUUGUUGUUUUUGGUGUCUUGAUAAAUGCUUUUGCUGAUGUUGGAAGCAUUGAAGAAGCUAUGAGAUAUGUUGAUGCAAUGAGAAAUGCAGGUUUCCAUGGGAAUGCAGUUAUCUAUAACUCUUUGAUGAAGCUGUAUACCAAAGUAGGAUACUUGCAAGAAGCACAAGAAAUCUACAUGCUGCUUCGAUCAUCUGAGGCAGGUCCGGACAUGUACCCAUCCAAUUGUAUGAUCCAUCUCUACAGCGAACGUAGAAUGGUUAGACAGGCAGAAGAAAUUUUUGAGUACUUGAAACAGAGAGGAGAUGCAAAUGAAUUCUCCUUUGCAAUGAUGUUGUGUAUGUACAGAGGAAUCGGAAGGUUUGAAGAAGCAGUCAAGGUUGCACACAAGAUGCGAGAACUGGGACUCUUAACUGAAGUGCUGAGUUAUAAUAAUGUGAUUAGUUUAUAUGCAAUGGAUGGGAGAUUGAAGGAAGCAGUGGAAACGUUUCAGGAGAUGAUGAAAUCAGGCAUCCAACCUGAUGAUUCUACAUUCAAAUCACUUGGGGUUGUUCUGCUGAAAUGUGGAGUGCCAAAGGAAGCUGUUUGUAAGCUGGAAGUAGCAAGGAUGAAGGAUGCUCAGACUGGUUUGAAUUCAUGGUUGUCAAGUCUCUGCUCUAUUUUAGGGGUCAAUAAUGAUCCUUGAUGUUACAUAGUGAGACAAGUUCUGAACUAUUUCCUUUUAGAGGAAAUGUAUCAAGAUAUGAAGCUGGAUGGAUGGAGCUCCAACAGUCCGUGGUACAUCGCAGCACAAGUGGUGGAAGAGAAAUCUACUAGCGUCUACAAUGAAUACAAUUGG